AUGCCAGCUGAAGGUCAAAAUUGGAGGUUGUUUAUCAUCCGGACUCGGCCAACCGGCGAAGCGGGCCCGCCAUCGCAGUCGGUGACCCGGAGUCUCUCCCCGAGGGAGGAACACGGCGGCGGUGGUGAUAGCACCAAGAUGAAGUCACUGUUCAAGUCCAAGCCCAAAACCCCGGUCGAUUUGGUGCGGCAGACGCGCGAUCUGCUCGUCCUCGUGGAUCGCGGCGGCGCGGACGUCAAGGAGAUCAAGCGUGACGAGAAGGUGUGUUUCGUUUCAGUGUUUUUAUGGCGUAUUGUUUUGUUUGAGGAGAUUGUGUUUGGGGAUCUGUCGUUAGUUUGUAUGACAUUAUGA